AUGUCGUCAAGAUCAAGAUCCAGUACUGUGAAGUUCUCACAUUGUUUGGCGGGCGAAACAGAUGAAGCUGACUUGCGCUUGAGAAUCCCAGGAGGGGACCAAAGACCAAGCAAUACGCCCGACCCUGGCCCCAGCACUACCACGGCUCACGAGCUCGAGGCGUUGAAGAAGUUCCAUGAGACCAGCAGUGAAUACACACCUGUGUUGGUCAAUUUCAUGAGCACGGUGCAGCCUGCAGAGGGGCCUCUGCCGGGCGGAUACCUGACGUUCCUCGUAAUGACGAAAAUGCCGGGCGAUUCCCUCUGGAACAUGUACUACUGGGGCAUGUCGGAUGAGGAAAGAAAGCAGAUCAGAGAGAAGUUCCUCGUGGCGCUGGACUGGAUAUACGAGCAAGGCAUAGAGCCCGUAGAUUGCGGCUUGCGGAACAUUCUGUGGGAACGGGCGUCCAAGAAAUGCACCAUCAUCGACUUCGAACUCUGGCGAGACACGGAUGCGUCCUUUGGCGAUGAGACAAAGGAACUCCAGAGGUGGGGACUGGUACGACAACCUGCUGCUAAAAACCACUGGGAGGCAUGGAAUCAAAUGUUCCGCUAG